UGCGCUAGUGGGAGUGGCGUCUCAUCGUUGAACAAGUCACGCUGAAGCAUUUUGUUAACUUACAUCAGCUAGUGGAUUAAGUACCCGUUUACUAUAUAACUUUUCUUAUAAAAAAAUUUCUCCUAUAACGUCUUUUUUAAACAAAAUUUAAAAAAAAAUAACCUAUCAAAUUUAUAAAAUAAUUGAAAAAAAAAAUUUUUUCCAUAUACGAACUAAUUCGAAUUUAAAUAAUGUAGACAAACAAAAACACGUGGUUCUGCAAUUUUUUAAAUCAAGUUUCCCGGAUACGAAGUAAAGUGUACGAAAAUUAUUUUAUAAAUAAAAAAAUAUAUAAGGAAAUAUAAAAAAAUUUUCUAAAUGUUAUAGCUAAGAAUCAGUAAAUUAUGUGUUUGAAUCUGUUUUUCAAAUCUUUGAAAAGUGAUAUCAGUGUUGUUGAGUGAAAGUGUUUUUUUCUCUAUAAAUGAAAUGAUAAAAUGUAGAACUUUUAUUUUUUGAAUAUAUAAAUUAAAAAAUCGAAAAAAAAGUUUUCGAUUAUAAAAGAAUUUUUUAUUGUCAAGAAAAAAGGAACUUUAAAAUUGAAAUCAAUGAGAGAUGUACAUAUAUAUUUUUAAGUACAAUAAUUUUAUCUUUCAAAUGAAUAAAUUCUGCGUCUGACUAAAAUGCGUUUUUUACUACUAGCUGCAGUGCUUCAGAUUUCAUUAAUAAAAGUGGGCAGAGCAUUACAUAUUGUAAGUUUUGAUGUCCCGAGUAUAAUUGAUCCAAGAGCAGAAGUUAUCAACUUACUAUGUGAUUACGAUUUGGAUGGAUCGGAAUUAUAUUCCGUUCAAUGGUACAAAGACGGCAAUGAAUUCUUUAAAUUCACACCGUUCUCAAAUCCUCCAGGAUACUUUUACGAUGGCAGCAAUAUUUUUGUUGACAUUAAGCAGAGCGAUGAGAAAAGAGUUACAAUUGUCAAUAAAAAUCGCCGAGGUGGAACAAAUUUAGCGGGAACUUAUGCUUGCGAAGUAUCAACAGAAGCUCCACUAUUUUUGACAACUUAUGUUGAGGCAAAUAUGAGUGUUGCUGUACCACCUAAAAGCGCACCUGUUGUCGAUGGCCUAAGACCUUACUAUGAAGUAGGCGACAUUAUGAGAGCAGAAUGCACUUCCGCUCCCAGUCAUCCACCGGCAGUUCUGACCUUUCUUCUCAACGAAAAAGAAGUGAGCCAAAGUUCAACGGAAUAUACUCAAAAUGAUGUUCAUGUGGUUGGCAAUUACGCAACAACAACUCAUCAAGAAUUUUCAUUGCUCUUGGAACAAGAACAUUUUCAAAAUGGUCGUUUGACAGUAACUUGUGAGGCUUCUUUUGUAGAAAUGCCACUGCUAAAAACUUUGAGAACUAAAAAAAUAGUGACAUUAAUAUCUAAUAAUAAAAAUAACGCUCAAGCGAAUGUACUUUUUGAUACUGUUAAGUCGACUGCAUCAUCGAUGCAUUACAAUAUGUAUGUGGUCUCUUUUUUAAUAUUUUUGAUAAAUAAAAUUUUCGAAGUUAUUUAAAACUAAA